GUGAAAAAUGAUGAAAUAAAGACUUUUGAUGAUUUAUCGUCCAUAACACACGCAUCAGUCAAAUCAGAUAUUCUAGGAAUAGUGAAUGAAGGCUUAAACUGCUAUAUCUCCUCUGUUCUUCAUUUGCUAAGUGAAUCUUUCAAGGACUGUGACCUUUCAGAUCACUUUAUGAUCUGUGAUUCAAAUCCAUCAACCUGUCUUGCCUGUCAGUUAAUUAAAAUUCUUAAUGAAAUGAAGAUGGUUAAAAAUGAGAUAAGAUCGGUUAGGAUAACUGGCCUGCUAGAUUGUAUUUAUGAACAGAUGGGGUAUUUUAAUGCACGAGAUCAGGAAGAUUGCUCUGAAUUCCUUCAAAAGCUUUUAGAAAGACUGGAAUGCUUUGAAGAGUGUAUGCUACUACCCAAAAUUACAGAUAGAUUUGAUUAUCAAAUAAAGACCGUUAUUAACUGUCCAACAAAUACAAUUCGUCCAGUAAGUGCUCACUGUUUAGAAUGCAGCCAGCCUGAUAUUGUUAAUUUAGAAGGCAAAAUACUAUAUACACCUUUUACAAAAAGUAUUAAAAAAAGCCUUGAAUCUCAAAUUGAGUCUAGUAGAAUUGCUUGUAAAUGUGGGAAUGAGACUUAUUCUCGGUGUUACUUCUCAAAGCUCUCUGAUUUCUUAAUUUUGAGUGUUGGAAGAUACAAGCAUGACGAUCAAAAGUGUAUUAAAAUAGAAGAUCCCAUAAAUUCAAGUGUUUUUGAAUUAAAAGAUGGUGCAAAUAGCACUAAAUUUGAAAUUAUUGGGUGUAUUUGUCAUAAAGGUAGUGAAAUGGUAAGUGGGCAUUAUACUUGGUGGGUUAAGUACAAUGGCAAUUUUUACACUGCAAAUGACUCAAUAAUCAGUCCGAGCGAUGAGAAAUACUCACAAAAUGGUAGUUUGUUUUUGCUAAAGGUAACAAAAGAACAGAAAUAA